UCCGCAGAGUUUGUCUGCUUCUAGAACCCGGGUCGCUCCUGCUGAGGUUCCAGGUCUGGCCGCCAGAAGACGCUGCCGCCUCAGACGAGGGCGGGCUGUGUGGGGCGGGAGUACCAGAAAGGGUCGGCGUGUGUCCCCGGGAUGCUCGCAGCUUCCCUCUGCCCAGACUGGGGUGGCUUUCGGCGCAAUCUGUCAAGCUGUUGGAAAUGCCGUCCCCACUCUGACCAUUGGCUGGGAAAAGUGGAUCUGGCUGAUGCUCCCAGAGCCCAGGAGCCAGGGCGGAGCGGGACGGCGGCUGCUCCCACGAUCCCAAGGCCGCGCACCUGCCUCCUCCCCCUCCGCCGCCGCCACCUGAGGGAUCGGGAACAAAGGUGCUUUGUACAGGCCGCAACCACCUCAUUACUUCGUCUUAGGGACUGGGGCCGCGUGGGCCCCCAGCCCGGAACGAAGGUGUGGAGCGGCAAGGGACAGACGCCAAUCCUAAAGUGAGCAUCUAGCGCGCCACCUAAGGCUCUUUAGGGAAGGUGGUCCCAGAGCUGUGUUGUCCCUUCCGCUUGCACUGUCCCUAGAUGUGCAAAGAAAACGGGGCAGUGCAUGAAGGUGGUUGGACAGGCUUCAUGGAUCCUCGCCCGCGCCUCACUUUCCCCUAUCUGGGCAAAGGUUAUGUACCCUUAUUUAAAAUCUUCCAAACUUCUAAUAAGGCAGUCUACCCUGCACUAAAGCAGACACGAAAGGGAUGGCCUCCCUAAAAAUACUGGUGUUGGAAUACGUCCUUCCUUCCCGCCCCCUCGCAGUGCGGUGCAGCCUCAGUGGAAGCUUUGGCGAACCUGGCGCGCGCUGCGGUGCACAGAGGGUUAACUGGAGUUGGCGCUGGGUGGAGAGGAGGAGACGCGCUCCCAUUGGCGGAAAGUUAUUCAGGGGCGGGGUCAGUGAAUCUCCGUACCCCACUCCCCUUUCCGCAACUUCCCUCUUCACUUUGUACCUUUCUCGCCUCGACUCUGAAGCGGGCCGGGACCUGCCAGGCCAGACCAAACCGGACCUCGGGGGCGAUGCGGCUGCUGCCCCUGCUGCGGACUGUCCUCUGGGCCGCGUUCCUCGGCUCCCCUCUGCGCGGGGGCUCCAGCCUCCGCCACGUAGUCUACUGGAACUCCAGUAACCCCAGUGUCAGCCCUGCCCUUCUAGCCGAAUCACCUCUGGGCAAGUCUCGUGACCUUCCUAACCUCAUUUAUCUCACCUGUAUAAUGGGCUAAUAAUACCUAGUACCCUGGGAAGUCUGGCAGGGUUGCUUCGAGGAGACGCUGUGGUGGAGCUGGGCCUCAACGAUUACCUAGACAUUGUCUGCCCCCACUACGAAGGCCCAGGGCCCCCUGAGGGCCCCGAGACGUUUGCUUUGUACAUGGUGGACUGGCCAGGCUAUGAGUCCUGCCAGGCAGAGGGCCCCCGGGCCUACAAGCGCUGGGUGUGCUCCCUGCCCUUUGGCCAUGUUCAAUUCUCAGAGAAGAUUCAGCGCUUCACACCCUUCUCCCUCGGCUUUGAGUUCUUACCUGGAGAGACUUACUACUACAUCUCGGUGCCCACUCCAGAGAGUUCUGGCCAGUGCUUGAGGCUCCAGGUGUCUGUCUGCUGCAAGGAGAGGAGAGCCAGAGUCCUCCCAAGAUCCCCUGGAGGAGGAGGGAUCCCUGCUGCCUGCACUGGGGGUACCAAUUCAGACCGACAAGAUGGAGCAUUGAUGGGGGAGAUCAGAGGGUCUGAGGUGACUCUUGCAGGAGCCUGUCCCCUCAUCACAGGCUAAAGAAGAGCAGUAGACAGCCCUGGACACUCUGAAGCAGAGGCAAGACAAACACAGGCGCUUUGCAGGCUGCUCUGAGGGUCUCAGCCCAUCCCCCAGGAGGACUGGGAUUUGGUAUGAUCAAAUCCUCAAGCCAGCUGGGGGCCCAGGCUGAAGACCUGGGGACAGGGUGAUUGCUGGACCAGGGCAAAGAAGAAGCCCUGCCAUCUGUGCCCUUUGGGCCUUUUCCCUGGGGCAGCACCUUGCCCUCCCCAGGGGAUCGAUCACUCACUUGUCUUCUAUGAAGACGGACUCUUCAUGAGGUUGAAUUUCAUGCCAGUUUGUAUUUUUAUAAGUAUCUAGACCAAACCUUCAAUAAACCACUCAUCUUUUUGUUGCCCUCCCCAA